AUGGAUGAUGAAAACUGGGAUGAUGAUCAGCUUCUUGGAUUUGAACCAUGCAAUGAAAACCUUAUAACAGGUUGUAACAUAAUCAACGGGAAAUGCGAAUGUGACACCAUUCGGACCUGUAAUAAUCCGUUUGAAUUUCCAAGCCGGGAUACUUGCCUGUCGGCCUUAAAAAGGAUUGAAGAAGAGAAACCUGAUUGCUCCAAGGCCCGCUGUGAAGUCCAGUUUUCUCCUCGCUGUCCGGAAGAUUCCAUCUUGAUUGAAGGCUAUGCUCCUCCUGGUGAAUGCUGUCCGCUCCCAAGCCGUUGCGUGUGUAAUCCUGCAGGCUGCUUGAGGAAGGUUUGCCAGCCUGGUUAUUUGAAUAUAUUGGUUUCAAAGGCAUCAGGAAAGCCAGGCGAAUGCUGUGAUCUCUAUGAAUGUAAACCAGUGUUCAGUGUGGACUGCAGCACAGUCGAAUGUCCUCCUGUUCAACAAGUUGUUUGCCCACUGGAUAGCUAUGAAACCCAAGUCAGACUGACAGCUGAUGGCUGCUGCACCCUGCCCACAAGAUGCGAGUGUCUCUCUGGUUUAUGUGGUUAUCCCAUGUGCGAGGCAGGCUCCGUUCCCCAGAUAGUCUCGCGUGGAGAUGGAACACCUGGCAAGUGCUGUGAUGUCUUUGAAUGUGUCAAUGAAGUGAAGCCAACUUGCAUAUUUAACAGCAUGGAAUAUUAUGAUGGAGACAUGUUUCGAAUGGAUGCUUGUCGGUUUUGUCGAUGCCAAGGUGGAGUCUCUAUUUGUUUCUCUGCCCAGUGUGGUGAGCUACACUGUGACAGGUACUACGUGCCUGAAGGAGAGUGCUGCCCAGUGUGUGAAGACCCAGUUUAUCCAGUAAAUAACCCUGCUGGCUGCUAUGCCAAUGGUCAGAUCCAAGCUCACGGAGACCGCUGGCGAGAGGAUGACUGUACUUUCUGCCAGUGCAUCAAUGGAGAUCCACACUGCGUUGCAACGGCCUGUGGGCAGAGCUGUCUAAAUCCUGUUAAAGUCCCUGGGGAGUGCUGCCCAGUGUGUGAAGAACCAACAUAUAUCACAAUCGGUCCACCCACCUGUGAGAUUUUGGUGAACUGCACUUUGACUGAAAAAGACUGUAUAUAUAGCUUCAAACUGGACCAAAAUGGUUGCCGCAUUUGUCAGUGCAAAACUAGGGAGGAGCUGUGCACUGGCCUCAUUUCGGGCUGUUCCUUGGACUGUUCCUUCGGCUUCCAGACUGACAUCCACAACUGUGAGAUCUGUCAGUGCCGACCACGGCCUAAGAAGUGCAAACCCAUUGUAUGUGACAAGUACUGUCCCUUUGGAUACUUGAAGAACAAGCACGGAUGUGAAAUCUGUCGGUGUAAGAAAUGCCCGGAACUGCCUUGUGGUAAAAUCUGUCCGAUGGGCUUCCAGCAGAACAAUCAUGGCUGUGUUAUCUGCAAGUGCAGAGAGGCAACCACUUCUCUUAUGCCUCCCAUUAAAACAGGCUCUUGCCUGUCAAUGGAUGGGCGCCGACAUGAGAACGAGGAGAGUUGGCACGAUGGCUGCAGGGAAUGUUACUGUCACAAUGGACGGGAAAUGUGUGCCUUGAUCACCUGCCCUGUUCCUAACUGUGGCAACCCCACCAUACAUCCAGGGCAGUGUUGUCCAUCAUGUCCAGAUGAAAUAAUUGUGCAGAAGCCAGAGCUCACCAGUCCAUCAAUCUGUCAUGCUCCUGGUGGGGAAUACUUUGUAGAAGGAGAGACAUGGAAUAUUGAUUCUUGCACACAAUGUACAUGCCACAGUGGACGUGUCCUGUGUGAGACUGAAGUCUGUCCACCUCUUCUUUGUCAAAACCCCACCCGCACACAGGACUCCUGCUGUCCACAGUGCCCAGAUGAGCCUCUUCAGCCCUCUUCAAGCAACGAGAGCAUGCCCAGUUAUUGCAAAAACGAUGAAGGAGAUAUUUUUCUGACAGCUGAGUCCUGGAAGCCCAAUGUCUGCACUAGCUGCAUUUGCAUGGAUGGUGUGAUUAGAUGUUACUCUGAGUCUUGCCCACCGGUAUCCUGUGAGAGACCUGUUUUGAGAAAGGGACAAUGUUGUCCUUACUGUAUUGAAGAUACAGUUCCAAAGAAAGUGGUCUGUCACUUCAGUGGAAAAACAUAUGCAGAUGAGGAACGCUGGGACAUUGACAGCUGCACGCACUGCUACUGCCUGCAGGGUCAGACCCUGUGCUCCACUGUCAGCUGCCCACCCCUCCCUUGUGCUGAACCCAUCAACGUGGAGGGAAGCUGCUGUCCCAUGUGUCCAGAGAUGUAUGUACCUGAACCUACUAACAUCCCCAUUGAGAAGACAAAUCAUCGAGGAGACAUUGAACUAGAAGUACCAAACUGGCCAACACCGAGUGAAAAUGACAUCAUCCACAUUCACAGAGACAUGAGUCAUCUCCAGGGAGAGUACAGAAGUGGCAGUGGCCCACACCCAAGUGAAGAUACGUCAGUUAGCUCUGUUGCCUUGGUGACAAUUCCAAUCACGAUAGCGCUGUUACUGAUCAUUGUCCUUCUGCUCGUCAAUCAGAAGAAGCAGUGGAUUCCAGUGUCCUGCUACAAAGCUCCAACAAAGCCUUCUUGCCUAAACAAUCAACUGGUAUACGUAGACUGCAAGAAAGGUACCAUGGUCCAGGUGGACAGUUCUCAGAGGAUGCUAAGAAUUGCAGACCCAGAUUCAAGAUACAGUGGAUUUUACAGCAUGCAGAAACAGAACAACCUACAGGCAGAUAAUUUCUAUCAAACAGUUUGAAGAACUCCACCCUUACCAAGGAUUUAAGAAAGAGAGAGAGAGAGAGAGAGAGAGAGAGAGACUAAGUCUGCUAUUAAAAUAAAACUAGAAUUGUGCACUUGCUUAGUGGAUUGUAUUGGAUUUGUGACUACAUGUACAGCUCUAAGACCUUACUGGGAUGAGCUCUGACUCCUGCAAUGUGCCAGAAAAAGCAUUCCCACUUUUCCUUGAGAUAACUGACCAAGUGUUUUCUUAGAACCAAAGUUUUAAAACUUGUUAAGAUGUAUUUGCUUGUAACAUAGCUAUAGAGGUUUUUUGGGAGGGGGAACUGGGGGCUAGGGAUAGGCAAUGAAGUAAAAGGAAGCUUCAGAGAAGAAAAGCUGGUCAUGUUUGACUGGAGAAGAAAAUUAAUAAAGAAUACUGCCAAGCAGCAGGAUAGUGGUUUUUCUUGUUGCUCCAAAAUUGCAUCUGUUGCAGCAAAGCCUAACCCCUGGUAAAAAAAAUAUGAAAAGGUCUGAUUUUUCUUUUUUUUUUUUUUUUAUUUCCCCCCGGCUGUUGCUACAGUAAUAUGCUCCUAGAACAGAAUUUGUCACAUCACAGGUGUGGUGUAGCUGCAAAUAUUUUUCUAUAUGAUGAGAAGCUGCAGUAGUUAAUGAAUAGCAAGGAAAAGGUUAUAGCAGAAAAUAAAGGGUGGGUUUAUUAAGGAUGUAUAAAACUAUACCUUGUGCUGCUUUUUGUUUUUAUUUUUGUUUUCUUCAAAGCUGAUUGGCUAGAUUAGCCAGACUUUGGCAGAGUUAGCAAAUGACUGAGGCCUAAGUAAUUCCUGAUAUGAGCACUGGAUCUUUUGACAGCAGUAUUGAAGAAAGGAAGGAAAAGUCAAGAACACCAUGCAGUUCCAGGGGCUUUUGUUUGUUUUGUCUGUUGUGGUUUUGUUUUGUUAUUUUAUAUCAAUCUCUGGUUGUUCAUACAGGAGAAGGAAAAAUAUUUUUGUUGGACAAAGCUCUUGCUUAAAAGAGAGUUAAAAAAGAGACUGUUUUAAGGUUGUUUUUUUCCUGUUGAUGUUCUUAUUUACUGGUAUGCAGAUUUAGAAACUACUUCCAUGCUAGGAAGCUGCUUAAUUUUAAUUGUAUAUUACUCAAGCACCUUUUUUGAAGCUCAGAAAAAAAAAAAAGGAGAUCAUGCUUCUUUAAACUUUAGCAUUAUAGGAAUAUUUAUGUAAAUAUAAUUAUGCUAAAAACAACAAAAAGUAUUUGUAUGUUUGUGUAUAUAUAUGUAUAUACAAAUGCAGGUAGGUAUACAUAUGUAUAUAUACGUGCAUGUGUAUAUACACUAUACAUAUAUAUACUGUAUAUAUAAAAUACUAUGUAUACAGUAUAUAUUUUUUCUAUUUUUUUUCUUGUUGAAUGUAUUUUUAUCUGAGAGAGAUUUUACCCAGAGCAGAAACAGAUAAACAGGCAUUCCAUAUCAAUGCUUAAUCGCUUGUGAGUUUAGAAGAGACAAGAAAAGAGCAUCUCAUUCUACCUACAGUUUGAUUUGAAAGUGUUUGUGUGCGCGCGUGUGUGUGUGUGUGCACUCUUGUGUUUGCGUGUGUACAGUAUGUGCACGAUUAUAGCAGUAAGCGUUGCUCUUGCUACUUGCUACAUUUCAGGGUGUUUCUUAUUUUUCUUUUCCUGCUUAGCCUUAAAAAGGCUUUUUAAUGAAUGCAUUGGCUAGAGACACUGAUGACAAUAUACAUGCAGCACUAAUCAGCUCCAUAGAAUAACAACAUCGGCUCCUGGAUUUUCUUUUUUUUCUUUCUUUCUUUCUUUUUUUUUUUUUUUUUUU